CAUGCGUAACAAGUUUCACACGUCCAACAGCUAUUCCUAUUCCGGUAGACGCCGAUGCGACUACAUAACGACGGACAUUCGUGCGAAAACUCAAAGGACAUCCGAUUUAAGAGAAUCGAAGAAUAACAACAGUCAUCAUGCUUCGAUCGUUAAGGAAAUUGCGUUUGCCAAGAUACUUUUCCACGACGGCCGUCCCGGCACCGGAAACGAAUCCGUCGAUCAUGUACACCGGAAUAUUCAUCGACAACGAAUGGCACCGUUCAAAGUCCGGAAAAACGUUCCCCACGUUAAAUCCAACGACCGGCGAAACGAUCGCGGACGUUCAAGAGGGCGAGGUUGCUGAUAUAGACGUGGCCGUGAGUGCGGCCAACAAAGCAUUCAAGUUCGGUUCGCAAUGGAGAACGAUGGACGCAUCCCAGCGGGGCGUACUCCUGCAUAGGUUGGCCGAUCUAAUCGAACGUGACCGUACAUACAUCGCGUCGUUGGAGACGUUGGACAAUGGUAAACCGUACUCGGUGGCGUACGGAUUCGAUGUUCCCGCUAGCGUGGCCACCCUGAGAUAUUACGCGGGAUGGGCCGACAAGAAUCAUGGUCGAGUGAUACCAACGGAUGGAAAUUACUUUGCUUACACUCGCCACGAACCGGUCGGAGUCUGCGGACAAAUCAUACCAUGGAAUUUCCCGUUGCUGAUGAUGGCUUGGAAAUUAGGUCCCGCUCUAGCCACAGGAAACGUCAUUGUUCUGAAGCCCGCGGAACAAACCCCGUUAACGGCUCUAUACGUUGCACAAUUGUCCAAGGAAGCUGGAUUUCCUGGUGGAGUAAUUAACGUGGUCCCCGGUUUCGGUAAAGCCGGAGCCGCGUUGGUAGCUCACAAUAACGUUGACAAGAUUGCGUUCACCGGUUCGACCGAGAUUGGAAAGUUAGUGAAAAAGGGCGCGGCGGAGAGCAACCUGAAACGAACCACGCUGGAACUGGGUGGAAAGUCUCCCAAUAUAAUCUUUAAGGACUCGGAUCUCGAUCAUGCCGUGGAGACAGCCCAUUUCGGCUUGUUCUUCAACAUGGGUCAAUGUUGCUGCGCCGGGUCCAGAACUUUCGUCGAGGACAGCAUUUACGACGAGUUCGUCGAGAGAAGCGCCGAACGUGCCAAAUCAAGAGUGGUCGGGAAUCCGUUCGACAGUAACGUUGAACAGGGCCCCCAGAUCGACGAGGAACAAACGAACAAAAUUAUGUCCAUGAUAGAGCAGGGUAAGAAACAGGGAGCGAAGCUUGUUUCGGGCGGUUCGCGAGUCGGUGACAAGGGUUACUUCAUCGCACCUACGGUGUUCGCCAAUGUUACGGACGAUAUGACCAUUGCAAGAGAAGAGAUUUUUGGACCGGUUCAACAAAUAAUGAAAUUCAGUAGCUUGAACGAAGUGAUCAAUAGAGCGAACAACACCGACUAUGGAUUAGCCGCGGCGGUAUUCACAAAGGACAUCGACAAGGCUAAUUAUAUCAUUCAGGGUCUACGAGCGGGCACCGUGUGGGUCAACACGUACAAUGUUUUAUCGCCCCAAGUACCGUUUGGCGGUUACAAAAUGUCAGGACAUGGAAGAGAACUGGGAGAGUACGGACUCGAAGCGUACACCGAAGUGAAGAGUGUGAUAGUUAAAGUUAAUCAGAAAAACAGUUAAACUAACACUGCUCCCCGAUACGCGCCUGUAAACUUUGUAACAUUUUUUCUUUACUACUUUCUACCGUGGAAAAAUGAAUGUGAACUGCGAGCGAGCGCGUUUGCGAUUCGAGAGAUAGCCCGUUGAAAGAAUGAACCGUGUGCUUGAAAAGUACAGUUAAAAGUACAAUGUUUUUCUACCGAUUAUAAAUGUUUUUCUACCGUUUAUAAAUGUAGAAAAGAACACGACAAUAUUAUAGUGUAAAGAAGAAACAAGCAAUAGAACUAUGGUUAACGAUCAGUUUCGAAUACAGUCGCACAAUUUAUAA